GUAGCAAUGCUGAUUUACUCUGCACAAUUUCAUAUACUUGUGAUUUUAAACUAGUGUUGGAAAUGUCACAACCAAUUCCUUACACCCACGUUUUCGUUUAUACAGAUUCGAACCAACUAAACAUUUUUUAAACCAAAAAUGCCAAAAUGGUAAAAACAUUAAAAUGAUGUCGCGUGCAUUCAGAUCAUCCCCAUACCAUACACACAAAUAAUUACAUAUUACAUUUUCUUCCUUAUGUGUGUCUAUUUUGAAUUUGAAUCACUAGAAUCAGCCUCAAUUUUAUUCAUAAUUGAAUUACUGAUAUGAAAUGAAAUGAAACAUCUACCACCAGUGUUGUCUUUUGUGAGAAAUUGGAGUUCAUAUGCUUUAGCUAUUAAAAAAGCUUCUUCCUCAUCUUCACCAACCAAACCAAUGCAUCUCUAUUCCAAAUUGCAUCGCAAAGGUGUUCCUCUCGACACUUUUUGUAUCAUCUUCACCUUAAAAUCUUGCACCCAUUUAUACAACUUACCCAUCAUUCACCACCUUCACGCCCACAUCAUCAAACUCGGUUUCACAUCACAUGUCCACGUGGCAACUUGUCUUCUCAAUGCUUAUGUUCUUCUCUCUUUCUUUGAUGCAUGUGUAUUGUUCGACGAAUUGCCUCAAAAGAAUAUAGUCACUUGGAACACCAUGAUUUUGGGGUAUUCAAGAUUUGGGGAUGUUAAUAGAGCACGUGAGUUGUUUGAGGAAAUGCCUCAUAGAGAUUCUGUGUCUUGGUCUUCCAUGAUUUCUGCUUAUACCAAUGUUGGAAGUUAUAUACAAAGUUUGUCCCUUUUUAGACGAAUGUUGUUGGUUGAAGGAACGAAACCGGAUCAAGUAACUGCUGGUGCAGUUUUAUCGGGAUGUGCUCAUAUGGGGUGUUUUGGAUUGUUUGCUGGAAAAUCAGUUCAUGGUUACAUAGUGAAGAAUGGGUGGGAGUUGAAUGUGGAGAUAGGUGCUGCUUUGGUUAACAUGUAUGCUAAAGGUGGAGUUUUGAGAAAUGCUGCAACGGUUUUUGAGUUGAUGGAUGAAAGAGAUGUUAUGUCUUGGACGUUGAUGAUUUGUGGGGCUGCAAGAUGUGGAUUUAAUAGAGAAGCAUUGAUUGUGUUUGAGAAGAUGCAAAUGGCUGGUGUCAAACCUAAUGAGUUGACUUUCACUGGGGUGCUUAAUGCUUGUGCUCAUGGUGGAUUUGUUGAAGAGGGAAAAAGGUAUUUCAAGAUGAUUGAGCAAUGUGGUUUGGAACCAAGAGUUCAACAUUAUGCAUGCUUGGUUUAUUUGAUUGGGAAAAGUGGGAUGCUAGAGGAAGCUUAUGAGAUUAUCAAAAAAAUGAAAGUGGAACCAAAUGUUGUUGUCUUGGGUUCAUUCUUGUCGGCUUGUAAGGAGCACAAGCAAUUUGAGAUUGCUGAGAGAGUGAUUGAACAGGUUUUGAAGACGGCAAAGCCAGAAAAUGAUAGAGGGCUUUAUAGCCUUAUUGCUGAUUUGUAUGUCAUUGGUGAGAAAUGGGAAGAAGCUGAAAGGUUGAAGGAAUUGAUGGUUAAUGAGCGUAUGAAACAGGCCAGGGGGUUAAAUUUUGUCAGAAAUGGAUUAAGAUAAUCCUAUAAUUAAAAAUCAUGUUUUUUUUUCAUUGAUAUUGACAGCAUAUUUGGAUGUAGGGAAAAUUUAGUUAUAAGCCUAUACUUUUUAUGCUUGUAUAUUGUAAUUCUUUCAUUUACAAUCUUUUAGAUGGAAGGGAACAAAUAUUGGAGAGAAUUGAGUUCAGACAACCUAACUCUCAGUACUAAAAAAGUCUUGAUCCAGAAGUGUAAUGCAAAUCUGAGGGCUGACACUGCAUCAUGAGUUCAAACAGCUGCUGUGUGUUCCAAUUUUUACAAGAGCAGCAUUUCUAUGACCAUGGUAGACAAUAAAUUUUAGGUGGUUGCCUUGCUGGAUCUGUAGCAUGUUACACACUUGGUGUACCACUAAAUGGACUUGUGACUAUGGUAAUAAAUUACCAAAUUUAACUUUGGCAUUUGUAAUUUUUAUUCAUUUUGAACUCUGUAUUUGGAAGUUAUAUUGGACCUCACUAAUUCAAGGAGAUGAGUGGACUUAUAUGAGUUCCAAGUAACAUCCAAUUUUUUUUUUCAAUUGAAAGGUUCAAACCCAAGGCUCCUAUUUCUUC